CAUUUGACAGAAAGAUGUUGGCCAACAUGGCGGUGGGCGCGGCAGUCGUUGUCGGUGCUCUGGCCGUCGCGUACAUCGUCUUCCAGCUCCACUUGUUGCCACUACCUCUAGCUAGCAUGGCUGGAAAGUUCUUCUUCUUCCCCAUGUGGCCGUUCACGUAUCUCGCGCGCCGAGCCAACUACUUCACAGAGAUCGACGACACAGUCAUCCUUGGCGCUGUCCCUGUGGUUUUCAUGGGGCACAUGUCUCAGAUGGCGGCGCUAGGUGUGCGGGGCGUAGUGAAUGUCUGCGACGAGUAUCAAGGGCCAAUAACGGCGUAUAAGAAGUGUGGUAUCGCUCAGCUUCGCAUUCCAACGGUGGAUCACAUGGAACCCACAUUGGAGGACAUUCUCAAAGCAGUCGAGUUCAUCGAGUAUCAUAAGAAAUUGGGCGCGCGGGUCUACGUGCACUGCAAGGCCGGGUCUGGGCGAAGCGGGGCAAUAGUCUUUUGUUGGCUGUUGAAGUCCACCAAGAUGGAUCUUAUGGAAGUCCAAGACUUUAUGCGAGCCAAACGCAGGGUCCGACGAAAACUGUACAAGCAGCCGAACGUGUUGGCGUUUUACAACACUCUCCACCCCGCAGCGACGGUGCCGUCCCAUGUCGAGUCUGUGUAGACCAAUACAUUUCAAAUCUUGAACAGGAAUAACAUUAGAACGAGCUCACAAGCACCACGAGUAUCAAUCAUUUACCGAAAGUAGUAUAGUG